AUGGACGGCUUUGGAACGGAAACACGUUCACAUGUUUCAAUAAAGAACACUCAUGUGAUAGAUGGCGAUGAUUGUGUGUCGUUUAAGAACGGCUCGAAUUUUAUAACAGGUAAUAACAUAACCUGUAUGGGUUCACAUGACUUAUCUGUUGGCAGUCUCAGGUUACAGACUGGAUUCCCAUACAUAGCCAGAAAUAUCUACGUAUCUAAUGCGAAAAUGAUCAAUUGUACACCAGCAAUUCAUAUUCAAUUCUUUCCAGAUGACCCGUCUCGUAGAAUAGUGCUUGUAAGCAAUGUAACUGACAAAGACGUUACAGUCGAUAAUUGCUACGAAUCAAACCAUACGGCAUGUAUGGAUUACUCGUUGACUGCCGAACUUACCAAGACAGAGUUUAUCAACAUCACUGGAAAAACCUCGCUGAAAUACAAUCCGAAAGUUGCAAAAAUCUAUUGUCCCCCAUCUGGUACUUGCGAUAUAACCUUCACAUAA